ACGAGCUCUAGAGACUCGGAGACAUCACACAGCCAAAUGGUGAAAUCUGCCUUGCAGGGGAUGUAAGCACACACAUAUAGGGAGUUUGGCUCCACCCAUGACCCCAGGCACAACGCAUCCCACAUGGGACUUCCGACUGAACAAGGGCACAUCUUUGUGUCCGAACAUGAAGGCACACUGGUCAAGAACAUUCCUUCUGAGCCCAUCUGUUAAUUGGUAAGUGAUGGUUCCCUAGGUCAAAGGUCAUCCCCCAAAGGGUAAAGUAAACCAGACACACAUCCGGUGGACUCUCUGAGAAUGUCUUUGUUUUUUGGAAGUAUAUAUCCACAUGUUUUACUCUAACGAAUAUACGACAACAACAAGAAACUUUGUUCUUAACCACAUUAUAUGAGCAACGUGUGAUUAUCUAUCGUAGAUGUGAAGGAAGUCAGAUUAACCCAAAAUGUGUUAGUGAGGACAAGACUCUGACUCUGAAGUGCACUGUUGAAGGUUUCCUUCCAUCGCGGAUCACGUAGACUAAAGUUUCUGACCAAAGCAGCAGAAAUGGAACAGGAACAACUCUGCGGAAAACCACAAUCAAUGACUUGCUCUAUUAAAAGAAGAAAGAGGAACUGCCACUCUCUCUAUCUUUAAUGUCAUAGCAGAGCUCAGGGCUCUUGUUUCAAAGGCUUUGUCACCCCAACUUUUUCUUAGUACAUUAAAUCGUAUGGGCUGGACUGAUGAAGAGGAGUUUAGGAGCUUCAGGAGAAGAGCUCCCUUUACCACAGAUUGUUGGAUCUUUUGCUCUGCAGAACUUUUACAUUUAAAAGAAACCUAUAUAACACAGACUAGAGGGAAGAACAACAAUAAAAUCAUAAUGUGCCUUCUUUAAAGAAGAUUCUGCUUCCUCUCUACAGACCCGCCCCCUGAACCUAAACUGUCUAUGAGUUCUGAGGUCACAGAAGGUCAGACCAUCACCGUCAGCUGCACUGUUGAAAGUUUCCCACAGUCAACUCUCACCUUGAUGAGGAUCAAUACAAAUAAUCAGGCUGAAAUAAUCCCUGAAAAUAAUCUUAAUUCACGAUCCAUCAACUCUCUCUACCACACGUUUACUGUGACUUCAGCCGACGCUGGCUGGUACGUCUGCCGUGCCCAGAACACUCAGGGCUAUAAGGACAGUGAGCAGAAGGAGUUGGUGGUGAAAUUUUCUCCAAAACACACACACAUCACUGAGUCGGCAGAGAAGCAGGAGCUUGACGGGAGGAGCUCCGUGAUGCUGAGCUGCUUCAGUCACAGCUUUCCCCCAGUCCAACACUACUCAUGGUACAGGAAGAGUCAGGGAGAGGAGAGGAUGGAAAUUGUGUCCAAGCAUCAAAACCACACAGUGUACUCAAACCAGUCAGGAGUCUACUACUGCAUCGCACAAAAUGAAGUAGAUCACAGUUUGUCUGAUCCCGUCCAUCUGUUUGAACGAGACUAUCUGGAGAACCUGAGGUUCCUCAUUGUUGCUCUACUUCUCCUGAUGAUUAUCAGUGUAAUUGUGGUAAAUUUAAGGUGAAUGAAUAAGAAGUGCAUUUGAUCAAAUUCAAUAAAUACAUGUCAGAGAUGGUCUGGCUUGUUAUACCACAUCAUGUCCCUCUAUGUUUUCAGAUACUGGAGGAAAUCUGUUCAACAAAGAACAACAAACAAUGAAUCCCCUUCUGGUUUUUCGGUAAUGACACAUUUGUUUAAACUUAAAAAUCUAUUUCUAAUUGACUAUUUGUAUAUUGGAAAUCAUAGCAAACAGUGAUGAUGGAGAGUACAGUUAUAAGAUUCAGGAUAUUUAAGACUCUGCUUCAUCACUUCUGACCUGUUACAGCUGUAAAACUACUAAUUCUUCUAAAUACUCUAAAUGAUGUCAUAAUUUCAAUAAUAUGUAAUCAAAUAUGUUUUAAUGGUGAUAUUACAAAGCCUCCA